UGGGUGGGUUAGGUGGAGGGGAGACGGCUGGCAGUGCACUUCACUGUGCAAUUGUUUGCUACCUACACUGUCCUGUGAUGGGUGUUUCGGCUGCUGCUCCUGUUUUCUUUCGCUUGGCUCGUCUCAACACGGAGCUUCGCCAAAGGGCGUGGCGCCAUAGGCGACGAAGUCAAGGAGGCGGCGGUCAUCCGGCUGACUGCAGGGCGGACCAUCGGCGCUGAGCGCGGCUUGCACAGGCACCGGCACCAUCGAGGAUUUUUUUGGCAGAAUUCAUUUUGCAAGCUGUGAUGGGCAUUGGCAGUUCCAUCGUAGAAUGUCCGGAUGAUUGGCAGUUGGACCGGCGGGUUGCUGGAGUUCAGGCUCUCAACAGCCUGUUCUUCGCAGGUGGCAGCACCGGGCGUCAGUGGGACGCGGAAGCUGCGGUGCUUUCGGCGUUGGUGCACGAACGAGCACCGCCGAGCCGGCAUGCUGAAGCGCUGGUUGACCAGCAUUGGUGGCGUGAACACCUGAGCGCCGCGGACGGUGACGCAGCCUCGGCGGCCUUCGACCUUUUUGCCACUGAUCCCGCAGGCUGCCAAGUAAACUUAUAUGAGGUCUUGACCUGUGCAGCGGUGCUUUCACUCCGCUUGCGGCGGGAAGCCAAGGCGGCUGUACUGUGCCUGGUGUGGAGCGGACGGGACGAUGGACGUUUGGGCGUGUCUGCGAUGGUGAGCUUGCUUUGCUCUCUGCUGCAGGGCUUGCAUCGCUUAAGUGUCCUGGUGCCUUCACCGCCCCCAGUGGAGGCUCGUGCCGCCUGCGCCGCGUGCGCCACGUUCGCCGAGGGAUUUGAGGCGAAAGAGCACUCCCGGCCUUACAUCGCCAAGGAGAAAGCUGCUUGGAAUUGAUGCAUUGACUCAGAAUGUCUGUCCUGUCUCGUGCCUAAAGUAUAGUUCCACUCUUGUGAAGCACAGAGUCGUCUUACCCAACACUGAGCCUGCCGAAGUCCUUCAUGUAGCCUGUUCAUUUGCAUGAGCCAGGGGCAAUCUGUCAAACAACUGUGCACGCUUGUCACUCACGCAUGUUACAUGUUACUCAUGUUCCAUUCAUUCCAGGAAAUAGAGAAUGACAUUUGCC